GGCAAGUGGCUAAGGCUAAGGACUGCAAUUCCAUCCAGCCUAGUUCAUUUCAUUCAUCCGCUCCGAGCGCGCACUCAAUCACACAAGGGGAACACAUUUUUGCGCACAAUAAUAAUAAUAAUAAAGCCAUAAGUAAAAAGAAAGAAAAGGGGGAAAAAAUGGUAAAGUACAUUCGGCAGCACAGCAGCGAGCUUAGAAGCGAAGAGGUCCUGUCGAAGUCUGACGCGUCCAAGGAGCAGCAGGAGAGAUUGGGAGAGAUGUCCGACUCUUCCUUCAGCGACGCUUUCUACUCCAAAUAUUCCGCAAUGGACCAGCUCGGCACUUUUAUGCGGAACGUGCAAGUGCUGCUGGAGGCGGCUAGUUACAUUGAAAGCGCCGAGAAGAGCAACGGAAAAUGUGAGCAUGGUUAUGCUUCAGCAUACCCUGAAACGCAGAUUGCACAUCAACAGAAACAUCGCAAGUUCAAGAGCAGAAAAGUGGACAAUAUGCACAACAGAUCAGCACACAAUGAGCUGGAAAAGAACAGGCGAGCACAUCUCCGCCUGUGUUUGGAAAGGUUGAAGUCACUCAUCCCUCUGGGACCAGACUGCAGCCGGCACACCACACUGGGACUGCUCAACAAGGCCAAAGCACACAUCAAGAAACUUGAAGAGGCGGAUCGAAGGAGUCAGCACCAACUGGAGACCUUAGAAAGAGAGCAGAGACACCUGCAGAGGCAGCUGGCUCUGCUGCAGUCUCAUGGGGAAUGGGAGAGGGUCCGCACAGACAGCCUUGGCUCCCGCAUGGACUCUGAUCGCUCAGAGUCGGACAGAGAGGAAAUUGAAGUGGACGUUGAAAGCACUGAGUUCUCCCAUGGAGAAAUGGACAGUGUUAGCACCAGUGGUGCGAGCGACCUAGACGACCACAGCAGCCGGCAGAGCUCGGCCAGCGAUGAGGGCUACUCUACCUGCAGUCUAAAACUGGCAUUCUCUGCUUAAACAACCAGCCUAUACCGAUACUGAAGCUGCAAUCUUUUAUGGCUUUCUCCCUUCAAAGUACCAGCCUACAGCUCCAUUCUCCCUAAACAGUCUUCAAAAGAACCAGCCUCCCACAUGAAAAAAGCAUAACCCCAGAACCAGCCUUACGUUCAGUUCAGUCCAGCCUUCUCCCACUCUCCGGCACAUUACCACCAUAAAUCUUUGGUAAUAUUUAACAAAUAUCAAACCACAGUUCUCUCUACUUUGUGUUCAAAUGAAAUAUUCCUGAUCCUGUGGAGGACCGGUUAUUUAAUCAGUGUCAAACACUGAAGGGGCGACUCUGCUUUAAUCACGCUGAUCCUUAGAAAACCAGCAAACCCCCUUUAUUUGCACACACAACCAGCAAGGAUUUCACAAUUGGAAACAUCUGCGCCAUAUGCCUUGUGAGAAAGCCCUUUUUUUUUACUGGAUAACUCAUACAAGCAGCACUUCUUGUCAACAUACAAGUCGGCAAGGGCUAAAGUAUAAUUUGCAUUCCAAAAUAUGCUCCUAAAGUCUGCUACGUCUGCUUUAGGACCCACAAAUCAGACACUGAUUUCAUGUGGUGUCCCUCUCGUAUAAGACAGUCCAAUCAAUAACAGGUGGCAUGUAGUCCACUAUUUUUAAUCUAAUAUAUUUUGCAUGAUUCUAUUUAUUUUUGAUAUAUUUAAUUGUACUUAAGUUUUGCUUGACCUGCAUUCUUUUCAUCACUGCUUUUAAAAUGUCUGCCACACUUAAUUGGCAGAAAAUCCCCUACAGAAGCAUUUGAUGUGCUGUGAGUUUAACCCAUUACUCAGUGCUUCGUUAAAUGCUUUCACACCGAGUACAAAUUUCAUAAGUUUAGUCAGUAAUAAGCUAAUCUAGCACUUGUCCAAGCACAAAGCUCAAGCAAUAAUAUCAAGUCUGAUCAUGUGUGUGAUGUUGGCUGGAUCUUGUUCAUUUUUCCCCUUCAACUCCAAAUACAAGGAUUUACACCUGCUUUGGUAGUAGAAUCAGCAGUAAAAUGAUUGUAAUUGACUUGAAACGCUAUGGUGCAUGUGUCUUGAAUGUAGCCUUUCAAAUAUUGUAAUGUAUUUUGGAUUGACGAGUCUAAUAAUAUCAAUAAUUAUGUUGGUAGCAUGAACAGCAAUCUACAGAAUAUUGGUUUAUACUUCAGCGUUCAAUACUGUAUCUUGUUUUGUACUGUAGCAAAGGAAAAUUUGAAAGCUUUACACUAAAAUUCUAAAUAUAUUUAAUACAGAAUCGCACUGCUUAUUUGUUUGAAAGGGUAAAAAAAAAACGAUAUUUAAAAAUGAACAUUUAUCUGCAUUCUUCUGGACAAAGCCCCAAGUAAAUCACCACCAAUUUGUGUCUUAACAAGGGGAUCGUCCGAUGCUUUGUUGGAGAGCCUUCCCCUGCCCAUCACGUUUGGGAAACCACAAAAAUGCACUACUUUAAGAAAAUGUCAAUUAUGUUGAGGCACAACCCAGAAUGUUUUUCUUAUGCUUACUCAGCCGUCCAAGAUGACUUUUUUGCAAAAUAUGUGCUGCUGGUCCCUUACUAAGAAUUUGUAUCAGCUCCUGGAGACUUCCUAGAAUCUUAAUAAAAACUUUAAACACAAAA